UAAUUGAUAAACCCCAUCCCAUAUUACAGUUCACAUACACUACGAUAUUCAGCACAUUUUUUUUAUUCCUCGAUUUGCAUUUUUCCCUAGGCUGGACAUUGGAGAUUUCUAGGGUUUCUGAUUUGGUCUUCGCUUUCUCUCUCCGUCGGCUACAUUCGUCAAUCAAUCUUUUUGUUCACAUUACGCUAUUAUCGUGCUUCAAUAUCUGUACAAUUCGCGCAACUUUGUGCACUGUAGAGGUUUAAAGAAAAAAAGGCAAAUUUUAGAAGUGCAGUACAGAACGUAAUUGGUUGAUCGGUUGCUUUUUGAUAAAUUAGGGUUGGGUUAGUCUAAAAUUGUGCAUUUUGGAUAGUAGAAUUGAUGAGGAGGAAAAGAAAAGGAAGUGAAAUUUUGUGCCCAAACCAAAAAGAAAUCUUACAUUCAAUCCAUGAUUCACGAUCUUCGUUGACGAACUUGAAGUCUCAUUAUUCCUUAGAGGAUUUUGCGAGAUUGAAGAAGAGGUGUAAAGAACAUGUAGUUGGUGAGGAGGAUGUUGGAUCAUGUAAAUCCAGGCUCAAUGGGAUUGCCGCAACAGCUCCUGCGUGUGGAACCUCGUCCUUGGUUUUGCCAGGGAGAGGUUUGAAGAGGAAGAUAGGGUGUAUUGAUGCCGCCACGCAGAUGGGUAGGAAGAAUAAGAUUGAGGAUGACUAUGUUUCCGGUGCCACCCUUGGGAAAGGUAAAUUUGGGUCGGUUUGGUUGUGCCGGAGUAGGGUUAGCAGAAUGGAAUUAGCCUGUAAGACUCUGCGUAAAGGAGAGGAGACUGUUCACCGUGAGGUGGAAAUCAUGCAGCACCUGUCAGGCCAUCCUGGUAUUGUGACACUAGAGGCGGUGUACGAGGAUUCAGAAUGUUUUCAUCUUGUGAUGGAGUUGUGUUCGGGUGGACGGUUGAUUGAUCAGAUGGGUAAAGUGGGUCGAUAUUCAGAGCAUCGGGCUGCUAAUAUAUUCAAGGAAUUGAUGUUGGUGAUCAAGUAUUGCCAUGACAUGGGGGUUGUACAUAGGGAUGUAAAGCCCGAGAAUAUUCUUCUCACUGCUUCGGGGAAAAUAAAGCUUGCUGACUUUGGCUUAGCUAUGAGGGUUGCAAAUGGUCAGAAGCUGGCUGGUUUGGCUGGAAGUCCGGCUUAUGUUGCACCAGAGGUUCUGUUAGGAGAUUACUCUGAGAAGGUUGACAUCUGGAGUGCUGGCAUCCUCCUACAUGCUCUCUUGGUUGGUGUUCUCCCAUUUCAAGGAGACUCACUUGAAGCAGUUUUUGAGGCAAUAAAAAAUGUGAAGCUAGAUGUCCACACAGGGAUUUGGGAGUCUGUAUCUAAACCUGCCCGGGAUUUGAUUCAACGAAUGCUCACAAGAGAUGUUGCUGGAAGGAUAGCAGCAGACGAAGUAUUAAGACAUCCAUGGAUUUUAUUCCAUACCGAGCGCACACUAAAGACACUGUCUAUUAAGUCGAAGUUGAAGAAUCAAUCAGGACCAUCCUCCCAGCUGCCAGCUCCUUUAAACACGAUGGAAUCGGUUGGAAACAGGAUAGACAGUCGUUCUCUGCAUGAAGGCCCAAGUUCAGUUUUAUCACCUGAUGAUUUGGGUUGCGAGUCAGAAGAGCAGGAUGACUGUGGAUUGGUUGAUGCCCUUGCUGUGGCAAUUUCACAAGUGAGGAUUUCUGAACCGAAGAGGAGCAGGCUGUGUGCUCGUACUAGCCCAAUACGGGAGUUUUCUGAUCUUUGCAAAGCUUUCUGAUCCUACUACAUUAUGAGAUCUGACCGACUGACAAUUUCCAACGUCUCCGCGCGUUUUUAAGUUGGGGAUCGAAAUUAAUCUGCCCUCUGCCCUCUGCCCUCUGCCCUCUGCCCUAUUCAACUGUCGAAUGAUAAGUCACUGCUGAUGCCUUAACCCAAGAUGGAAGCUAGUUCCUUAAUGUACAGAAAGAAGAUGGAAGCUAGUUCCUUACUGUACAGAAAGAAUUAGAUGCUGACAUUCAGUGUUUAUUUGGUUUAAUCGUCAUGCAGUUUUAACCUAAUAAUUGUCAUAAUCGCAUAAACUUAACAAAUUGAUGUACAAAAUAUGUAAAUAGGAUGUGCUGGCUGCGUAACAUGAGUUGAUUCAUUGUUGCCUUGUUAAA